CCAUUUGCUGUAUUCAAUUGUAUAUAUUUAUAGAUGAUGUGUGUGUCUAUCUCUUUUGCUUAUGUGUGGAGUUUUUUUUUCUGCAUGCAGUGAGGCAGUCACAUGAUAUGAUCAUUCAUGACUCAUAUGACGAUAGAAAAGCAAAGCCAAACGAAGCAAUUGAGCCAUGAUGAUGAUAUGUGUUCAUCAGCAUCAUCAUCAUCAUCAUAGAUCUAGCGACAUAGGACAUUCGAAUUAAAUCGAAUUCUAAAAGUUCCAGUCAGUUUUGUUUCACAAACCAAGAGUGUAACUAUAGUUGUUGCAGUCCAGGCAAUUAUGCUUUUUUUUUGUUCAACUUUAUCAUCACAAUAAUAAUUUUUAUUAAACAAUAAUCUUCCUGUUGCCUUGAUUUUAAUUAUGUUUUUUUAUACGAAAUAAUUUAUUUAUUUAGAUGGUAAUUUCCUCUUCUCCAAAAUAAAUCAUCUUGUUUCCGAAUUUGAUUCGACCUUUUGAUUGUUAUCAACAAAAUAUAAUAAACAAAUCAAAAUCAAAAAAUCAUCUGUGUUAAUAUCACCACCACCCACCAAUAACAAUUGAGUAAUUCAUCUCAAAUCUUAUUUAUUCAUUCAAAAAUGGAUUCAUAUAGAGAAGAAAGCUAUAUGGUUCCAGAAUCAUUCCCAAAAUCGUACAAUUAUCCGAACGAAGAGGAGAAUGAUCAUCACUCUCAUAUUCAUCAUAUUCCCCAUCAUUCACAUAAUGAAAUGGAUGUUAUGCGUCAUAUUACCGAUGAUAUCAAGCCGAAAAUCAUGAUCAUGGGCCCAAAGAGAAGCGGAAAAUCUUCCAUACAGAAGGUGGUUUUCCAUAAAAUGUCACCAAACGAGACGCUAUUCCUAGAGAGUACAAACAAGAUCGUAAAAGAUGAUAUAACAAACAAUUCAUUUAUUUCAUUCUCUAUCUGGGACUUUCCUGGCCAACUUGAUGAUCGUGAACUUGAAUUUGAUAAUAACUCUAGUUGUGGUGCUCUUGUAUUUGUCAUCGAUUCACAAGACGAUUAUGGUGAAGCGCUCGUUCAUCUGAAUCAGAUUGUCCGAAAAGCCCAUCACGUUAAUCCUAACAUCAAUUUUGAAGUGUUUAUACACAAAGUGGAUGGUCUAUCCGACGAUCAUAAAAUUGAAGCUCGUCAAGAAAUUCAUCAACGUGCCAAUGAAGAUUUACUCGAAAGUGGUGAAGACAUUUCGCUUAGUUUUUAUCUAACAUCUAUUUAUGACCAUUCGAUAUUCGAAGCUUUCUCGAAAGUUGUACAAAAGUUGAUACCUCAAAUGCCUAUACUCGAAAAUUUGCUAAAUGUUUUUAUCUCGAAUUCCGGCAUCGAGAAAGCGUUCCUCUUUGAUGUAGUGUCCAAAAUAUUUAUUGCAACCGAUUCAUCUCCUGUCGAUAUGCAAUCAUAUGAACUUUGUUGUGAUAUGAUCGAUGUUGUAAUCGACAUUUCUUGUAUUUAUGGAAUAAACGAAGAUGGUGAAGGCAGUACAUUCGAUCAAUGUUCGUCUUCUUCAAUCCGGUUAAAUUCUGGUACUGUACUUUAUUUGCGUGAGGUUAACAAAUUUUUAGCCUUGGUUUGCAUCCUACGUGAAGAAAAUUUCACUAAACAAGGAUUGAUCGAUUAUAAUUUUCAAUGUUUUCGACAAUCAAUUCAAGAUGUCUUUUUUUAUCGUAUUAACGAAUCUCGAAUGUCUCAUAACAAUAACAAUAGUGUUAUAGAAACACCAUACGGGUCAUCUAACGCUCAAGGUAUCGAUCAUGAUCAUCACCAUCAUCACCAAUUGAUGAUAAAUAAUAAUCUCGAACCAGAUUUGGAUAGUUUGGAGAAUGAAAUGCUUGGUGACAAACGAACAUCGACUCCAAUCAAUCGAUUAACGCCCAGUACAUCACCAGCAACAACAGCCACGCACUUUAAACCAAGCAACACUAAUCAUCAUCAUCAUCAUCCAGGCCGAAAGAUGGCCAUCCUACCUUCGACUACAAUUCCAUCUUCAUUGCCCAAUCACCAGACUAGUAUCAAUAAUCUGGUAACGACCACAACAACAAUGAACAUGGCAAGUAAAUCUAAUACAAACAAAAUGCAACAUUCACCCAAUGUUUUUACUAAUUACACAACGAAUGGUCCUUUGGAACGACGUUUUGUUUGAAUGAUGAUAUUCGAUUUACGUUUGGUAUCCUUCGAGAGCUUAUGCUAAAUGUUUAUGUUCAAAGUCCACAAACAUAAGCAUCUUGUUUUUCAAAUUUUUUCAAAUUUAUCAUUGUUUUUUAUAUAUGGCAAGAUGUGAAAAUGAAUUACAUCCACCCCC